UGACUAACUGAUACUUGCCAAACCUGGCAUAUAGCCUAUAUCUAGGGGAUUAAAUGUGCUCGUUUGUUUGUGUGUUUUAGUUGGCCUAAUCUCAUAAUUGUAAAAUAUGAUGUGCCUGAGGUUGUACAGUGAGACGCUGACCGGGAUUGUUAAUCAGUGAUCCAGAUAGGCUAUUUUAUAACAUGCAAUAGGCCCGUUGAUAAUAAGUGCAACCUAGGCCUACGUUUGUAAUAAUAAUAAUAAUAAUAAUAAUAAAAGAAAAGUUGAACAGUUAAGCUAGAAAACAGUAGAAUUGUAUUUGAAUAGAUAGUCGGCUGCUGUAGCCUGACAAGUGUUGAGUCACGGUGAAGUGGCUUUAUAGCGAGCAACUUUGGUCAUGAUGUCGGAGGGUGAUGCCCAAGCCGAACUUCAGGCCCUCAUGGAGAGGAGGAUGUCAGAUAAAGAAACAAUAACCUUGCCUUUAGGUGAUUCUAAGGAGGCCAAUGGCACCUUGUUAGAACCACUGAAGGCUUGGGACCUCUGUCAUAGUGAUGAGUCAGGGGGAAGCUGCCACCCACCCUCCCCCUCCCUAAAGGCGUUCGGUGCAGAGAGGCAAAGGGGAAGACACAUUGACAACAUGGCUAUGCAACCAGACAGACCAACAUGGAGCAAACAGAUAGAGUUCACCCUAGCUGGGAUUGGGAAUGCUGUGGGUCUAGGCAAUGUUUGGAGGUUCCCCUACUUGUGUUACAGAAGUGGAGGAGGGGCUUUCCUGAUUCCUUACCUCUUCAUGCUGCUGGUUCUGGGAAUACCAUUACUUUACAUGGAGCUGAUAGUAGGCCAGUACCUGAGGAAGGGACCUGUUCAUGUCAUGGAGAAAGUGUGUCCGCUGCUUAAAGGUGUAGGCCUGGCAACUGUAGCCAUCUCCUUCAUCAUGUGCACUUACUACAACGUCAUCAUUACCUGGUCACUCUACUAUCUCUUCAGCUCUUUUCAGAGCCCUCUGCCCUGGCAGAGCUGCAACAACACCUGGAACACCCUAAACUGCACUGAUCAUGUUACUAACAGCUCCUACUCCACCACUGCCAGCCAGCAGUUCUUCAAUCAUAAAAUGCUGGAUCGGACGGGGGGGCUAGAGGAGGCAGGGACCCUCCGAUGGGAGCUCUUCCUGCUGCUGCUGCUUGCCUGGAUCCUCAUCUACCUCUGCAUCUUCAAAGGGAUCAAGUCUACUGGGAAGGUGGUCUACUUCACAGCAAUCUUCCCCUAUGUUAUCCUUAUUGCUCUUCUGAUCAACAAUGUGCAGCUGCCUGGGGCUAUGAAGGGCAUUAACUUUUUUAUUCUGCCUGUGUGGGAAAAACUGCUGUCACUUGAGGUAUGGGUCAACGCUGCUGCACAGAUCUUCAAUUCCAUUGGGAUUGGAUUCGGUGGCCUUAUGACUAUGUCCAGCUAUAAUUCUUUCAACAACAACGUUCUUAAAGACACUUUGGCAAUCUCCAUCAUAAACUCCCUGACCAGCAUUCUCGCUGGCUUUGUCAUUUUCUCAGCCUUUGGCUACAUGUCACAUCUGCAAAACAUCCCUGUUAGUGACCUGGCUGUGGACGGUCCAGGGCUUGUGUUUGUUGUGUAUCCCCAAGCCUUCGUCACCAUGCCAGUGGCUCCAUUCUGGGCCAUCAUCUUCUUCUUCAUGCUGCUGUGUCUCGGCCUGGACAGCGAAUUUGCAAUGGUGGAAGUCAUGGUAACUAGUUUGAUGGAUGGCUAUGGUAAACCGCUACUAAAGUAUUUCAGACUGAAGGAGAUACUGGUGCUGAUGGUCUGCUGUACUGCUUUUCUGCUGGGGAUACCUCAUGUCAUGCAGUGUGGGAUCUACAUAUUCCAGCUGAUGGACCAUUACACAGCUAUAGUGUCCAUCAUCUUCCUCGCAUUUUUUGAAGUGAUUGCAAUCUGCUGGGUUUUUGGUGUGAGACGGCUUACUGAUAGUCUUAUUGAGAUGACCGGAAAACCACCCUCCAUCUUCUUCAAAGUGUGCUGGUGGAUAAUAUGCCCAGUUUUGAUUGGAGUGAUCCUAGUGUUCUCAGUCAUCCAGUUUAAGCCGGCUCGCUACGAGGAUUACGUUUACCCACCCUGGGCUCAAGGAGUGGGUUGGGUGAUCGCUUUGGCCUCGAUCAUCUGGAUUCCACUGGCAGCCAUACAUACUUUGUGGGUCCUUCCUGGUUCUUUCAUGGAGAGAAUACGCAGGUCCCUCACUCCCUUCGGUUUGGAAAAGGUUCCAACCAUCCACCCAUCAGGAAGUAGAGAGUUAGUUCCAGAAUUGGCUGUGAAGCUUUAAAAUUGACAGCCAUUUGGGAAAGCUCUCUGCCUUGUCACCAUCACUCUCUAGACCAACCCUACUCCUUUCGUUACCACAUUACACUUCAACUUGGAUGGAUGCAAAGACAUUCCGUGGUGUGAUUGGAAGGCUACAGAUCUUUUUGUAUUCAUUCAGUUUACACCAUGGCUGUGGGCUCACUACUGUUGUAGUACUUCUCCCCAGGAGACUGUAGAUACUUUUGCAGAUCAGCUGUAUAUCCUCCCAUCUCCACCUCAAUCAAGGAUCAAUUGUGGACGUACAGGAGCUCUGCACGGCAGCCCUCAGAGCUAACUAAGGAUUUAUUACUGUAUGGUCGUCCCUCUGCGGGCUCACCAGGGUGUGGAUGAUUAACUUAGCUGGUAAAUUAUGUUAAAAGUUGAAGAAUUUUUUUUUUUUUCCAAAUGGAAAAUGUUUGUUUUUGUAUAAUCAGCAAGAGCCAAAGUGUUCUAUUUAAAAAGAAAGCGGUUUGGGGCCAGUGGGGCCCCACUUUUGGACAUAUUUGAAUACUACAUAUUUUCAACAGAUUUGUUACUACAAACUUUUAUUUAUAUUUAUUUAGAUAUAAAUACAUUACUUCUGUGUGAAUUUUUGGUAAGAAAUAAAUUCAUAUCAGUGCUUCCAGUGGACCUACUGUAUGUAGAUUGAGUUUUUAGUUUGACUCAUCUUAGUUUAGAGUUUUAUAAGAUGUUUUUUAAUACUGCGGAGUAAUAAGAAUGUUGUGUUCAAAUGUCUAUUCAGCUGUUAUUUUCCUUUUGAUCACAAGUCUCCGUUGUACAAGAAGAGAUAAGUUAUUCAAAGUCCAAAGGUGAAUGUCUUAAUUGUGACCAAAGUGACCGAAGGAGGGCUCAUGUUGUCUGUAUUAUCUCUCAGCAAAGUUGCUUAACAAACUGGCGGUAAACUAGGACAGAAAAGAAUAACUGAAUUUUACAUCACUGAACAUGUUUAAAUAACCAUGGGUAAAGGGCUGCAUACAUUUCUGUAAUCUUUCAUUAUGUGCACUACUGUGGGAUUAUAUUUGUUUGAUUUUACUUGUAUGUUAAUUGCUUACUUGGUAUGUUUUUGUAAAAUCUGUGUUUACAUGGCCUACAACAACUGUUCAUUUUAAGAGUAA